GGGAAUUGGGGGAUUGAGGAGGCGGGGUCCUCCCGAGCUAAUGCAUUCUUUCCCCCCAUUCCUUUCCUGCCUGGCUCCGCACUGGGAGGGAAGCGGCGUCUGGUUUUCCCAAGGGCUGAACCAGUGGCCCCUUCGGGGCUGCGGUAAGGUGCACCCGGCCGGCCGCUUUGCCCGUUUGGGGAUCUCUUUUGCAUCUUGGCAUUCGCUUGCAGUUUUGGAGAAGAGCCGCUUGGACUUGGGAGUGCCUCCAGUCAAGACAGUCCUUGCCUUGAGACAAAAGAGGAAGGCGUUUGAAGUGUCCCUGGAGUACAGGUCAAAGAUGGAAGAGCAAGACUCAGCUGGCCCUGAAGGAGGAGGAGGCCCCAAUACCAUCAAGACUCGAAGCGGUGGGAAAUUCUGGGAAAGAACCCUGCAGAAGAUUCUGGGAGAGGAGGACACCCUCAGUUUAGAAGUACAGUGCCAGCGCUUCAGGCAGUUCGGCUACCAGGAGGCCAAGGGCCCCCGAGAGGUCUGCAGCCGACUCCACCAUCUCUGCCAUCAGUGGCUGAAGCCUGAGAAGCACACAAAGAACCAGAUCCUGGACCUGGUGAUCCUGGAGCAGUUCCUGGCUGUCCUUCCCCCGGAGAUGGCGAGCUGGGUGAGGGAAUGUGGAGCACAGACCAGUUCCCAGGCGGUGGCCCUGGCCGAAGGUUUCCUCCUGAGCCAGGCUGAGGACAGGAAGCAGGAAGAACAACAGGAGGGAUGUCCGAAAUCCCCAAGGCCUGACCCUUCUUCCUCCAGAGAUGGAGAACUGGGUUUCCUUCUGAGUCAGGCAGAGGAACAGAAGCAGGAACAGCAGCAGGUAAAGGGUCUGUUUGCAGAAGUGGCAACUGGUUUUCUUGAUACCGAGAAGGCUCCAUCAUACCCCAGAGAGAGUUCACUGCAAAGGUGGACUGUGCAGGAGACUGCCGGAGGUGCCACCUUGCUGCGAGACGAAAUUAUGCCAGCAAGACCUGCUCAGCCAUCUCUUCUGUGUGGUGGAGGGGAAGCAGCUGCUGUGACACCGGAUCAGGGUCCAGUGUCCUUUGAGGAUGUGGCUGUGGAUUUCACAGAAGAUGAGUGGGCUCUGCUGACACCUGACCAGAGAGCUCUGCAUGCAGAAGUCGUGGAGGAGAACUGUGGGAUCAUUGCCUCUCUUGCAAGUGGAAAGAACUUUCAUCAUAGUUCUGGUCUUACUACUCAUCAAAGAAUCCAUUCUGGGGAGAAACCAUAUCAAUGCUUGGAGUGUGGAAAGUGCUUUCAUCUGAACAGCACUUCUCAUCAAAGAAUUCACAUAGGGGAGGAGCCGUAUCAAUGCUUGGAGUGUGAAAAGGCUUCCCGUGAGAAGAAAAUGUUGGCUUUUUAUCAAAGCCAUCAAGAAAUUUACAUAGUGGAGAAACCACACACAUCCUUGGAGUAUGGAAAGAGCUUCAGACAGAAUAGAACUCUCACUAAUCGUCAAAGAAUUCACACAGGGGAGAAACCAUAUCUGUGCCUGGAGUGUGGAAAAAGGUUCAUUCGGAAGUGUGAUCUCACUCAACACCAAAGAAUUCACACAGGUGAGAAACCAUAUCAGUGCUUGGAGUGUGGAAAGAGAUUUAGUGGAAAGACAAAGCUCACUGAUCAUCAGAGAAUUCACACAGGGGAGAAACCAUAUCAGUGCUUGGAGUGUGGAAAGAGAUUCAGUAAGAAAACACAUCUCACCAGUCAUCAAAGAAUUCACACAGGGGAGAAACCAUAUCAAUGCUUGCAGUGUGGAAAGACCUUCAGACAAUAUACAACUCUUGCUUAUCAUCAAAGAAUUCACACAGGGGAGAAACCAUAUGAAUGCUUGCAGUGUGGAAAGAGCUUCAUUCGGAGGUGUGACCUCACUCAUCACCAAAGAACUCACACAGGUGAGAAACCAUAUAAAUGCCUGGAAUGUGGAAAAAGCUUCAUGCAAAAGACAAGUCUCACUUCUCAUCAAGGAAUUCACACAGGGAAGAAACUUUAUAAGUGCACAGAAUGUGGAAAGGUUUUCUAUCUGAACAAAGACCUAAUUCGCCAUCAAAGAAUUCACACUGGAGAGAAACCUUAUAAAUGCAUGGAAUGUGGAAAGUGUUUCACACAAAAGACAAAUCUCACUUCUCAUCAAAGAAUUCACACUGGGGAAAAACCACAUCAAUGCUUGGAAUGUGGAAAGAGCUUCACACAAAAGGUAAAUCUCACUUAUCAUAAAGGAAUUCACACAGGGGAAAAACCAUAUCAGUGCUUGGUGUGUGGAAAAGGCUUCUGUCUGAGAAGAGACCUCACUUCUCAUCAAAGGAUUCAUACACAGGAGAAUCCAUACCAAUGCAGUGUGGAAGAUGCUUCAAUGCAAAGGCAAACCUCCAUAGUCAUGGAAGAAUUCAUGCAAGGGCAAAACCAUUUAAAUACCUGGAGUGUGGAAAUAACUUCAGAUGAAAUAACAAAGGACCAGCAGUGGGCUCCUUUGGAGCACAGAUCCAAGAUGGAAGAGCAAGCCUCAGCUGGCCCUGAAGGAGGAAGGGCCCCCGAUACCAUCAAGACUGAAGAAAGUGGGGAAUUCUGGGAAAGAACCCUGCAGAAGAUCCAGGGUGAGGAAAACAUGAACUCAAAUGUGCAGCACCAGCGUUUCAGGCAGUUCUGCUACGAGGAGGCCAAGGGGCCCCGAGAGGUUUGCAGCCGGCUCCACAAUCUCUGCCAUCAGUGGCUCAAGCCAGAGCAACACACAAAGAUUCAGAUCCUGGACUUGGUGAUCCUGGAGCAGUUGCUGGCUGUCCUUCCAGCGGAGAUGGCAGGCUGGGUGAGGGAAUGUGGAGUGGAGACCAGUUCUCAGGCAGUGGCCCUGGCCGAAGGUUUCCUCCUGAGCCAGGCAGAGGAGAAGAAGCAGGAAGAGUGGCAGGUGAGAGUGUUUCAUUCUCUAGCAGACAAGAAUGUGAAGUUUCACGUAAAGGAUCAGUUUGAAGAAAUGGCUAAUGAUGAUUUCCUUGAGGCAGAAAAUGCUCCAUCAGACACAGGAGAGAAUCUUCCGCAAAGGGGAAAUGUACAGGAGGGUGACGGAGGUUUCAUCUCAUUGGGUGAUGGAAUGAUGCCAGCAAGACCUCCUCAGCUGUCUCUUCUUUGUGCUGGAGGGGAACCCGUUGCUGUGGCACCAGAUCAGGGUCCGGUGUCCUCUGAGGAUGUGGCUGUGUAUUUCGCGCAGGAGGAGUGGGCCCUGCUGGAUCCUGACCAGAGAGCGCUGCAUAGGAACGUCAUGGAGGAGAAUGAUCAGCUCGUUGCCUCUCUUGAAAGUAACAAAUGGGAAACCAAGGAUAAGGGAGAAGUACAAUUAGUGCCCCUGGAAAAAGGCAGACAUAAAAACAGAGAACAGCAGAGAAGGAAAACUGAAGCAAAUCAGAAGAGGUGGAAUAAGCCCUCUGCUUCUCAGGUCAAUAACGACCAAGAAAUUUCAAUCAAAGAAAAAGCAAAUACGGAAUCGUAUAGGAAAAAUUUCAAUUCUAAGUCAGAAGGUAAAUCUCAUUACAAAAUCCUCACAGCUGAUAAAUCAAACGAUUGUUUGGAGUAUGGUGAGAGCUUGAAUCAGAGUUCUACCCUUACUUCCUGUCAGAGAAGUCAAACAGGGGAGAAAUCGUAUCAAUGCUUGGUAUGUACAAAGAGCUUCAGACAGAAGAUAACUCUCCUUAAUCAUGAAAAAAUUCACUCGGGGGAAAAACCAUAUGAAUGUUUAGAAUGUGGAAAGAGCUUCAGACAGAAGAUACAUCUCACUUAUCAUGAAAGAAUUCACACAGGGGAGAAACCAUAUCAGUGCUUGGAAUGUGGAAAGCGUUUUGGUCAAAGUUCUCACCUAACUUGCCAUCAAAGAAUUCAUAAAGGGGAGAAACCAUAUAAAUGCUUGGAAUGUGGAAAGGGCUUCAUUAGUAGUUCAAAACUUACUUCUCACCAAACAAUUCAUACAGGGGAGAAACCAUUUCAAUGCUUGGACUGUGGAAAGAGCUUCAAUCAGAGUUCUUACCUUACUUCUCAUCAAAGAAUUCACACAGAGGAGAAACCAUAUCAAUGCUUAGAAUGUGGGAAGUGCUUCCGUUACAGUUCUCAACUAACUUGCCAUCAAAGAAUUCACAGAGGGGAGAAACAAUAUAAAUGCUUGGAGUGUGAAAAGAGCUUCAGUCAGAAGAUACAUCUCAUUUAUCAUCAAAGAAUUCACACAGGGGAGAAACCAUAUAAAUGCUUGGAGUGUGGAAAGAGCUUCAUUAGUAGUUCAAAACUUACAUAUCAUCAAAGAAUUCACACAGGGGAGAAACCAUAUAAAUGCUUGGAGUGUGGAAAGAGCUUCAUUAGUAGUUCAAAACUAACAUCCCAUCAAACAAUUCACACAGAGGAGAAACCAUAUAAAUGUUUGGAAUGUGGAAAGAACUUCCGUCAAAAGAUGUAUCUCACUUCCCAUCAAAGAAUUCAUACAGGUGAGAAACCUUUUGAAUGUGUGGAAUGUGGGAAAAGCUUCAAUCGAAAGAUUCAUCUCACUUUCCAUGAAAGAAUUCACACUGGUGAAUAUAAAUGACUGGUGUGUAGAAACAGCUUCGGUCAGAAUUAAUUCACAUAUGUGACAAAUCAUAUAAAUGAUGGAGGUCCGCAAAGAGCUUCCCUGUUACCACAAGCCUCGCUUCUCAUCAGUGAAUCCACAAAGUCGAAAACUAGAAAUCAUACAAAUGCAUGGAAUGUAGAAAGAGCUUCAAUUACCACUCUAACCUUCCUUCCCAUCAAUGACUUCACAUGACAAUAAACUAUAAAUGCUUGGCAUAUGGAAAGAGUUUGACUAUGACCUCACUUCCCACCAAAGUAUUCACACAUGGGAACAAUGAUAUACAUUCUUGGGAGUGUGAAAAAAGCCUCACUCUGAAGAGCAACCUCAUUUCUCAUCAACAAAUUCAUGCAAAUUAUCCAUGGGCCAUUCCUGACUUACUAGAUCUUGCAAUUUUGAGACAGCCAUCCCUGCCACAGCAGCCUCUUCAUGAUCUCUGCAGCAGGUAUUUUAUAGUGGAUGCCCCUUUCUCUAAAUUCCAAAUGUGAUGAAAGACCUAAAAAGAUUGGAGACCCCUGCCAUAGAUAUUGCCAGCCUGAAAAAUAUUCCGAUCCUCUGCCUGUUUUAUCAAGUAGAACUAAAUGUGCUCCACUUCACGUCUCUAUGUAAUCAAAAUUGUAUUUACCUGAAAUGGAGUUGUGGAGGGAGAAGGAGGGCAGGUGGAUAUUCUCCAAUUAAGUGUUUCUGCACUGAAAAUCUCAAGUGAUUAAUAUUUUAUUUUCAUUUAUUUUAAAGUCACCCUGGGCUCCUUUGGAAGGAAGUAUGGGGUAUAAAAUUUAAUAAAUAAAUACAUAUUUUAUUUU